AUGAAUCUGCCUCCGAAGCUAUUAAAACUCCUGACACAUCACCAGCACAACUUCUCUAAGCACCUGGAUGACACCCUGCUGAACAGACUAGAAACCUGUCUCUACUGCGCGCACUCCACCCAUGCCUCCUUCUGGAAGGCAUUGGAAGCCAACCACCUUGACGCUGUCUUGGACUCACUCGAACAAUUACCUGAUGAUGACACUGAACUCGCAUGUGGUCUGCUGAAGAUAAAGUUCGCUAUUGUCUGGCACUUUCGCAGAGACCUAGACGACGUGGUUUCAUCAAGAGUCUGCAGCCUACUUGAAAAGCUUCUCACAUCGGAGGAUCCUCUUGUUAUCUGUGCGAGUGAUAUGCCGGAGGAUGCAAUUGAUGGACUACUCUACCACCUCCAAGAUGCUAAAAUCCCAAUAGACCUUUUCCACAUUUAUUUUUGUACCGAGGUUGUUAAGUUCUCCGAGUAUCUCCAGUCUUCGUCUGCAAAUCUUCUUCUGACAAAGUUGUCUUCUCUUGCAGAGGGUAUUUUGCCUGCCUUAAAAUCGACAUUACCACUGGAUGCCCUAGAAGAUUCCCUCUAUAUUCUUCUUGUGCUAUGCCCCUUGUUGUCAGAGGAUCUAGCGGCUAAGGUUUGUGCUGCGGCAUCGUCGCCCUUCAGCAACGGACGCAUUGCGGCCAAAACUCUGAGACGCGCCCUUGCUAACGGCGUCUUACGUGAAUGUCCGCUCUCCGAUGCAUUUGUUACCUCCUGGUACGCCGAAACCCGUUCUGCACUUCAAAGCGCCACAAACGCGGAUCUUUUACGGUUGCUUUCACCACUAGCGUCUUGUCAGACUGACUUCUUGGCUCUGGAUUCCUUCAAUCAGAAGAUUCCCCCUGACUUUUUACAGCUCCUCUGGUCUCGGGCUUUGGUCAAUUUCGACGAAGCAGCCUCGCAGUCCUCCUCGUCGAGCGUUUUACGUGCUUUGUGGAACUUACUGGGAAAGUAUAUCCCACAUGAGCUGCCAGCGUCUAAUGCAAACCGAUUUAACGAAUUGCUACAAAAGCUUAAUGCUUUCCCUGGCCUUCAGGCUCGGUGGUCAGCUCAGGAAUCUGACGUAUUCUGCCUUCUGUUUAUUCAUUCGCAGUUUGAGCCCCAAGCCGAGGCCGCUGCAUUUGACGCUACCUCCGCUAACGUCUCCGCCGCUCCAUCCCACGCCUGUGUAAAGCUGAUUGAGCUGCAGGAACUGGUCAGUCUGCGAGUUUGUGCCAAUCCAGGCGAAAUUUCUAAUGACAGCAUACUCUCCGUGCAGCGGGGUCUCUUUCUCUGU